UUGAAAAUCAGCAACGUUCUUCCUGCCACCUCUAGUUUCAACCUGAGCGCGCGAGAUAGCUAAAUUGUGAAUGUAAGACGUCACGGCGCAGAAAAGACAAACAUUUUAGAAUGACUGACAGCUGUUAUCAGGAAUAUGAGAGGAACAGCGAUGCAUCAUCUUCAGAUGAUGACUCUAUAAGCCUGUUGCAUGAUCCUUACGCGUGCCAAAGCAGAGGGGCAGCUGAGGACAUGGAGAUAAGUGAUUUAGCUUCACAAGAUGGAAACAAGGAGCAGAAAAACAAAGUGGAGAUGGAGAUAAAUCAACUGAAAGCAGCCCAUCCAGGGGCAGAUCCAAGGAUAUCCUGCUGUAGCCAGUCUGCAGCAGGCCAUGCUGAUUCUGCAUCUCAAUCAGUAGCAAAUGUAAAGAAACCCGGAAAGAUACAACUUCGCAAGAGAGACGGAAAGGGAGAGACUCUCCUUCACAAAGCAUGCAAGAGAAAAGAUCUGACCCGAAUCAAAGCGCUCAUUCAGGCUGGGAUCAGUGUCAACAUGGAAGAUUAUGCAGGCUGGACAGCUCUCCAUGAGGCAUCUGCUGUGGGUCACGAGGCAGUGGUUGAGGAACUGUUGAAGGCUGGAGCUAAUGUUAAUGCUAGAAGCUUUGAUGGUGUCACACCCCUACAUGAUGCUGCUUUCUCUGGACACUAUCAGGUAGUGAAGCUUCUCCUCCAAUAUGGCUCAAACCCCAGAGACAGGAAUGUUGGUGGCCUCAGUGCAUUGGACAUGGCAGAGGAGGAGAAUGUUAAAGAACUGCUCUUAACUUUGCAAGCAUCUUCUGUGGUACAUGAGCAGACUGGUGAAGCCUCUGCACAAUACAGACAACCUGGUGACACAUCUUCAGAGGUUCAGGGCCGCAAGCAGCUCUCCUGCCAGAACAGCUUCGGUCCCAGCCGCAGUGACACGUCAAAUGUACAGUCCAGAGACUCAGGUGACAGAGAUGGAGCCAGAGAGCCCAGUGACAUUCAGCUGAGAAAGAAAGACACCAUCACUGAUAAUCUGAUUCAUUCAGAGGCCAUAAGAGAGGUUUUGGAGGAGGUGGGGAAGAAGCAAACAGAAAUGUUGACUUGGCCUCUAACAGAACCAGAGGAUGCAGACAAAUAUCAUACAGCUCUAAAACAGAUCCAGUGUGUGCUGAUUGACAUACUCGCCAAACAGCACUUGGAGAAGGAUAAUCUUGCCCACAAGUACUGGAGUGUGUCUGAAUCCCUUCGGCAACGUGUGUUGAAAAGUCAACUGAUCUCCCUCGCUUCAUGUCAGAGGAACUUAGUGGUGAUCCUCCAGAAGCAAAUGCAUUUGGUAGAGGUGUAUGUAACCAUGAAGGCCAAACUCUCCACUCGGUCUCCCAUAUAUCAAGGCAGUCCAGUAGUGAGACAGCAGCCAGAUCACUUCUCAACUCCAGCUUCCAGAGCUGCCUCUUCUAAAGGUAGGGAGGUGCACAUGUGCUUUCCAAACAACUGUAAUCAAGACAGACAAAGAAAGGAAAGCCAUGAGCCAGUUACACAGGCCAGCCUGUUGAGAUCAGCACCUUCAAGCAAUGCCAAAGAUGUUACCGUGCAAAGACCUCCUGCUCCCUCACCAACCCAGGGGACAAAGGUCAACAGCGGUCAGAGAAGACCUCCACAACCAGGAAACACUUUGCAACACAUAAACUUUCAGAUGAAAGGAAAGAAUGCACUGAUACAGACAAGAGCUGAAGACAAAAGCAGACACCUCUCUAAGCUCAUACAGGAAGGGAAAAUGCCAUCUGGAAGUGUUCUACAGCUGUUUUUGAAGGGUCAUUGGCACCUUGCUAAUGUGCGGGGGGAUGGGUCGAUAAAGGACAGUAAAGGAAAGUUGCACUCGGCUCCAGAGCGCUGGCUGGAGUCUAUCUUUGGUAACUACAUCCCUGUAAGCUCAACGUACGCCUGGGACAAGGUGACUUUCAGAGACAAACCUUUGUCUCAUUACUUAUUGAACACGGAGUCUGAAGGAAACGCACCCCAGAUGUGUCCUGAGGAGGAUGUUCAACUCUGCAGUGAUAGAUCUACUCAGGAGACACUGACCACAGUGGCAGCCAGCCUGAAUCGCCUGAUGAAAAUCAAGAGAAUUCAUUUGGUGGAUGAUGACGAGCUGCUGCCAAAUGCCAUAAUGGACUGCUACUGGGAGAAGCUCUUGCAGAAAGACUAUUCAGAGUUUGAAGACUGGGGAAUUGAAUUAUAAUGAACUCUCGCCACACUUUACUUUUGAACUUAUUUUAUGAUCAGUUUACUCAAAAUGAACGGGGGUAAAAUGAGACCUCUACUGAGUGAUCCUCUCAAACUGAAUGGAACUUCAGAUUUUCAUUCAUUUAUCUUCUUAUUUCUGUCAUAUUACACAAGUUUGCCAUUUUUAUGUAUUUGUGCUUUAGGUUCAUGUUUUAACUAUUUAUAUCAGCCUAAAAGAGCACUCUCUGCUUGGUAAUGUAAAGGUAGGGUUGUCAUUUCAUACUAUAUAUUAAACUUUAUGUUAUAGUGUGAAUUUCUCUUUUACUUCCAUCUGAGCAUUGUUCAGGUUCUUACAGCAUUCAUUUUUAAAUGUAGUAUUUUC